GGUUGCGGCCGGUACUGGGGCUGGGGCUAGGUCUAGGGCCCAUGGUGGGGCGAGCUGGCACUUGGGUGCAGCGGCGGCUGGCGGAUGCAGCAACCGCAGCGGAAGCUGUGCCGGAGCAGCUGCAAACCGUCUUGGCAGCCAUGGCUGCGGCAAUGGGCACAGGCGGCGGCAGCAGCAGCGGACAAAAGGGAACGCCAACGUCCUCAGGCAGGGACACGGCAACAACACGCACUCGCAACCAACAUCCUGGUGUUCGCCCCGCUUGCAUGGCCAAUGUUGUGGCAGCCUCCCAAGCCCAAAGCGAAGCUACAUCCCUGCGCACGCAGCCAUCCGAGCCCUCGUCCCUCAGAGUGCAUCGCCGUAGCCCCUCAGUCGACCUGAUCAGCAGCAACCCAAUCGCCGACACGGACAUGGCUACGUGCAUGGGUGCGGAGGACCUCGGCACUGCUCGGCCGGUGCCCGCCGUCACCAUCGCUCUGGCGGGUUCCAUGUCGCCCCGUCCGCUGCCCGCUCGCCACGGGCACCGCCGCAACAGGUCGAGUCCCAGUGGCUGCACAUCCUCUCUAGACACAGCUACAGCUACAGCGGUGGGUGCAGCCCCUUCCACUCUGGCAAACAUCAGGGGCUAUGCAAGCAUGAGGCACCCCCUAGCCGACGAAGAGGGGGCAGAGGGUGAGGUAGUAAGGCCAGGAGCACCUGAGGGGGGGUCCACGCAGGGCCCGGCUGCUUGCAGCAGGAGCUCUUCCCUGGCCUCCGAAUCCGUUGACCCACAGGGACAGGCAGCGCUGUCACAGGCGCCGUCGCUGACGGUACACGAGCUGACUACGAUUGAGCAGGCCGAAUGGGAGCAAGCUACUGGCGUUGUUGUGGUGCGGACCGUCACCGCCCAUGCCUCUGGCGGCAGCAGCAGCGCUGCUACACGCACAGACGGCGGCUGUGCGGUGUCAUCCAAGGCUGGCCCUCAAGACCGGGCUUUACCUCCCGUAAAAGGCAGGUUACCUGCGGAAUCCUCCGGCACCGACUUUCCUAGCUUUCACCCACCCCAGCCGCAACCUGAGCCUGAGCCCAGACCGUGUCACAGGCCCAGUGACUCGUUUUGCACCGACAUGCCAACCGCUUCAGGCUCCCAAAACCAUGCCGAGGGCCACAGCAGCCCCUCGCACACAACCUCCACAUCGGCCUACAGCAGGCGCAGCCAGAGGAGCCACAGCUUCAGCUUUGACGUGGAGGGCCUGCUGCCCGCUCAGGGGCGUGGCAGUCCGGCGGCAAUGGUGGAUCGCGGCAACAACAGCAGCAGUGGCAGUGUUGCCGCCGCUCCUCGGUUAGCGUCUACGGCUGCCGCUGCGGCGGCGAUGGCACAUGGUGCAACCCGGGGAGGACGUAGCGGCACAGAGGUGCAUGCUGCUGCUGCCUCGUUGCGCAGCAUGGCUGCAGCAUCGACUGGGGACGGCAGGCCGCCGCUCUACAGGUUGAAGCCCUCGGGUCGGCAGUCGCAGAGAAUGGCACAUCUGGAAGCUGUGGCGGGGGCUGAAAGAAAUGGCAGGGAGGACGGUUGGCUUGACGAGGGAGGUGCAGAGGCGCGCAGCAGCACUGCGUGUAGCCCGGAGGCGCAGCGGCGGCGGCUGCUGACCAGUGAGGAUGUUGUUUUGCGGGUCUACGCAAUGUGUGUUACGGUGCUGAUGGCACUGCUUGCGGUGGCGUGGAUGGCACCUCGUUGGCAGUUGAACGGUUGGCAAAUGUGAGGCCGGCGAGGAGUACAGCAACAGCAGGAGUAGAGCUUCGUAGCAUGGGGCGUCGAUGCAGAUUAGGAAGGGGCUUUGGGACCCGUAUGCCGUGUCUUCGUAUGCAGGUGUACACGUGGUCACUUGUAGUGCAGGGCGUGGCUCUUGGUGAGUUUGUGCUGCUGAAGAGACGUAUAACGAUGCAUGUGGUGUGAACGCCGCUGUAUUCUUUUGCUUGGUAACGCCAUGUGGGCGGUUUGUCUGCCUUGAAGGUAAAGUCUCAGCUUCAGCGUGUUUUGGCCUCUCUAUCACUUGUUUGACUGUGCAUGCACUGCCCAGAAGUGUUCCAUGUCGUCCGGGACAGCUCACGGGACGCCAUUAGGAUAGGACUGACGGCUCGUAUGACUAAGUUAAGUGUCGUGUUAUUACUUAUUCGUGCUUGGCGACCCUCCUGCCAGCUUUCCGGUGAUUGUCGUACACAAGACAUGCAAAUGUACAUAGCGUGCAGGCCCAGCUGCAGUUUCAUAUGUAUAGGGGCAGGGUUGCUCGGUGGUAGGCGACGCUUUGCAUCACACUUGUCCCGUACAUGAGCAACACGCCAUGCUAUCUACCGGUAUUAGUCCGCGACAUGUCGCUUUCUGUCGUAAUACUAAUACGUUCGGUCCCAAAGCUGUAUGCUGGGGCGAACACGGAUGCAAUCUAUUUAUGCCGGUUCCGGUCUAGUUUAGGGUUGUACGGCCAAUGUACGGCCAAUGCUGGUAAAGAUGAUGGUGGUACUGCGGAGGGCCCUUUCGACAGGCAGGCACUUAACGGCCUGAUAGGUUGCAACUGCCGUGAGCCGAGAUUCGUGUCGUCAUGCAGGACGUGCAUGCGCGGCAAUGGACGUAUUGGCGUUUAUUUUCAAGACUUGGUUCUGACCAGGAGGUCGUACCGCGUACGACAAUUACGUUGCGAUCGGCAGUACUUGUCUAAUUUAAGACCUGCAUGCUUACAUGCAGUAUGCAUGUGCAAGAAACCGCUAGUGUUCCGCUACGGUAUAGCUUGCUCUGUGUAGGGCCUCCGUCUUGAGGGUAGACCAACUUGUCCAUCAGGACCGUCACAGCUCAUAGGUCUUGAUUAUCCGGUAUCUGUUGUCAACCAGGCAUGGCUAACAACGUUGCUGUUAGCUUUACUGGACCUGUACCCCUUUGGCC